AUGUGGUAUAUUAGAAUUUCAGGGCUUGCUAAUGAAUUCGGCUCACAUCUUAUCGAAGGAGGAACACCGGGGAGAGUGGAGAUCAUCUUGCUGAACGAGCUCGGUAGAAGUCUGGAAGCAGCCAAUGAGCCGGAUCGGCGCUUGAUUUCUAGGCUUAACAGGGCUCUGUUAUCCUAUGACUCUAACGAUAUCGGUCUUUACCAUGUCCCUUCGCCAUCAAGACCCGCUUGGAAGACGUGGAAUCUGGAUCAAGAGGACCCUGUGAAGAUGAUGCAAGUGGUGGAUACCGUAUCCGAACUGCUACAGUUACCACGUGAAGAAAGCUAUGAGGAAGAAGAUGUUAACCUUAAGCCACGCAGUGAGUGGAAUCCACGCCAUGCAGCAGAAAUCAUCGCUGCAUCGCUAGGUGCUAAGUUGCCAGCUGAUACAUCUAGUCUAUUUUCUCGAGGUACAUCCCCGGAUAGGAAGUCGGAAUACGAGAUUGAUGGCAGG